GUGUGAGCGUGGGGAGGUUGUGGUUGUGCGACUGACUGUGUGUGUGUGUGUGUGUCUCCCUCUGCGCUGCGCUGUGUCCUUGUCCCUGCCUCCUGGCAGCGAGGAGCCACCCAGCAGCCGGUCUGUGAUUGGGCAGGGGAGCGGGGUUCUUGACACAGCGUGGUGCUGACUGCUCCGGGACGUGUUUCAACAGAUGGUCGAGGUUAGAGAGUGUCAUCACAUCGGAGAGAGGAUUAGAGGAGAGAGGUUGUCCUCCAGGAGCUGUGUGGUCCUCCCCUGCUCUUGAGACCACAAUCCCAGCACCCAGGCACAAACUCCUCUAUGAGUGAAGGGAGAUCCAGUGAAGAAACGUGAGGAUCAAACUAAGAGAGGAAUCUUAGCCUUGCCUCUCACUCAGCCAGCACUCUUGCUCUCCUGCCUUCCAGUCGACCACGGCUGCUGCAAGAGCUGUACGAGUGUGAGUGAGUGAGUGGCCUGGCUGGUCCUCUUCUCCCUCCCAUCUCUCCAUUAAUCCUCCCACCUACCCAUCCUGUGGCCUGUUGUAUCAGACACCAUGCUGAUUCAGUGGCUGUCCUGGUUGGCCCUACUGUCCCUGGACUGGGCUCCAGGCAGCUGGGCCUUCACCACCACCAGGGCUCAGGGCCUUAGGGGUCGCAUCCAGAGAGACCGCAGAAACAUCCGGCCCAACAUCAUCCUCAUCAUGACUGACGACCAGGAUGUUGAGUUGGGGUCACUACAGGUGAUGAAUAAAACGCGUAAAAUCAUGGAAGACGGUGGCACUACAUUCACCAACGCCUUUGUCACCACACCGAUGUGCUGUCCGUCACGAUCUUCCAUGCUGACGGGCAAAUACGUCCACAACCACAACACCUACACCAACAAUGAGAACUGUUCCUCCCCUUCUUGGCAAGCUCAGCAUGAGCCGCGCUCCUUUGCCGUCUACCUCAACAACACCGGCUACAGGACAGCCUUCUUCGGCAAGUACCUAAAUGAGUACAAUGGCAGCUACAUCCCACCUGGGUGGCGCGAAUGGGUUGGAUUGAUCAAAAAUUCCCGCUUCUAUAAUUACACUGUCUGUCGGAACGGUUACAAGGAGAAACAUGGUGCUGAUUAUGCCAAGGACUAUUUCACAGAUCUGAUCACCAACGACAGCAUCAACUUCUUCCGCAUGUCCAAGAAGGUGUACCCUCACCGUCCCGUGAUGAUGGUCAUCAGCCACGCUGCCCCUCACGGACCAGAAGACUCGGCACCGCAGUAUGCCGAGCACUUCCCCAAUGCUUCGCAGCACAUCACUCCCAGCUACAACUAUGCCCCAAAUAUGGACAAACAUUGGAUCAUGCAGUACACAGGCCCCAUGAGACCAAUUCACAUGGAGUUCACCAACUUCUUGCAUCGGAAACGGCUGCAGACGCUUAUGUCUGUGGAUGACUCAGUGCAGAAGGUUUUUGACAUGCUCGAGGAAACUGGAGAGCUGGACAACACUUACAUCAUCUACACAGCAGACCACGGCUACCACAUUGGUCAGUUUGGGUUGGUCAAGGGCAAGUCGAUGCCUUAUGAUUUUGAUAUCCGUGUACCGUUCUUCCUGAGAGGACCCAAUGUGGAGCCAGGGGCAGUAAACCCUCAUUUGGUGCUGAACAUUGACCUCGCUCCCACAAUUCUCCACAUUGCCGGACUGGACACCCCUCCAGACAUGGAUGGAAAGUCCAUUCUUAAACUGCUGGAGCAGGAACGGACUGGCAAUAGAUUCAAACCCAACCGGAAACCCAAAGUCUGGAGAGACACAUUCCUGGUGGAGAGAGGAAAGAUCCUGAGAAAGAAGGAUGACUCCACGAGCACUCAGCACACCAACAGCCUUCCCAAGUACAAGAAGGUCAGAGAAACUUGCCAACAGGCUGAAUUCCAGACACCAUGCGAACAGCCCGGACAGAAAUGGCACUGCGUUGAGGAGAUCACGGGGAAGUGGAGGAUACAGAAAUGUAAAGGUGGUUCAAAAGAAGGCUCGAGGAAGAGGGCCCGCAGCCUGAAGCCCCGCAGCAGUUACGACAACAGAGAGAGGGGCUGUGAUUGUGGGGACGCUCUCUACAAACCAUCCAGGGCUGACCGCCGCUCCCACCGACAGUUUUCUUCUUCAUCAGGCCAGCGUUAUCGCCCACGUUUUGUCCACACCCGGCCUGCCAGGUCUCUGUCCGUGGAAUUUGAAGGUCAGAUAUAUGAUAUUGACCUACAAGCAGAUGAUCAGUCAGCUGUCCGCCGCCGUGUCAUCUCAAAGCGUCACCACGACUCAGAGGACCCAGAUUUUGACUUGGCGUCUGAUGACGGCUCAGAGGAAAUGCUGGCAGAUGAUACCAACGCAGUAGGAUACCCGAACUCUUUGAAAGUUACCCAUAAGUGUUACAUCUUGAUGAACGACAGUGUCCACUGUGAGAGAGAAAUCUACCAGUCCUCCAGAGCCUGGAAGGAUCACAAGAGCUACGUGGACCAGGAGAUCGAAGCACUUCAAGACAAAAUCAAAAACCUUCGAGAAGUAAGAGGCCACUUGAAGAGGACGCGACCAGAUGAGUGUGACUGUGGAAAGAAGAGCUAUUUUAGCAAAGGACACAGAAACAAGGGAGAGAGAUUGAAGAACAGGAAUGAUCAGCUCCAUCCAUUUAAGGAGGCUGCGCAGGAAAUAGACGGAAAGACCCAGCUGUACAACGAGAUCAGGAGGAGGAAGAAGGAGAGGAAGGAGAAGAAGCGACAGAGGAAGGGAGACGACUGCAGCCUGCCGGGCCUCACUUGCUUCACACAUAACAAUGACCACUGGCAGACUGCUCCCUUCUGGACACUGGGUGGAUUCUGUGCGUGCACCAGCUCCAAUAACAACACCUACUGGUGUCUGAGAACCAUCAACGAGACCCACAACACGCUCUUCUGUGAGUUUUCCACCGGCUUCCUGGAGUACUUUGACCUCAACAGUGACCCCUAUCAGCUGACCAAUGCAGUGUACGCAGUAGACCGGGAGGUACUAAACGCACUCCAUGCUCAACUCAUGGAGAUGAGGAGUUGUCAAGGGUACAAGCAGUGUAACCCGCGUCCUAAAGGCUUGGAUACAGCACACAGCCAAUAUGGGAAGGACGACAGGGUUAAACUGCCCAACCUGACAGAUGAGGAGGUGAACUGGCAGGAACUGGAGGAUUUGUAUAGCAUAAACGAAAGCCUGUAUGAAUGUAGGCCUGACUACAGCCCCAGCCCAGACAACUGGGCCAACUUCCAGAAGGAUGUAGAUAAUAUGAUUGCACUGCGACACGUUUUUACCAAAUUCAACCAAACCCAUAAGCUUGACGACUCCACCCUGCCAGAGCUGGGCUCCGGGGCCGGGGGUGGAGGCCUUGAAGAAGGCAGCGGAGAAGAGUUGGCCUCUGCCAGUGACGUCUGGCCGGGCCUGGCCACAGAGACUCGCCCCACCACCCCCGCCCCCAGCGAAACGCCAUCAGCACCACCCACACCCAGACCCACCCUGGAAAGGAAACUGGAAUCUGUUGUCAACGACCUCCCCGAGAGGCUCGUCAACAGACCCGGGGUGUCUGUUAUGUCAGUGGUGUCGUCAUCAGGUCCGAGUAGAGACAAGGUUAUCUUCCAGAGCGAUGCGUGGGCGCAGCAGCUGGAGGAACUGGAAGGAGGCAUGUUUAGCGGCAACGGACUGACGGAGCUGGAGACCCGACACGACAGCCUCUUGCGUACUCACAACAGCCUGCGAGCCCAGUUAGAACCAGGCCCGAGCCACAGAGAGGCAACCAGACCACAGGGUCUCGGUCUCGGCCUGGACCCUGCAGAAGAAGAGGACAUUUUCCAGGCCCAAGGCUACCUCCCCUUCUCCCCACAGACUCUGAGGCCCAAGGUACAGGCCAGCGCCACCGAGAGCCCCACCACCACACAGACUAGCGCCCCACAGAGUGUCGGGGUGGUACUAGAAGUGCUGCCUCAGUCAGCGCUGCCUCUCACCUUGGACUAUGAGGGCAGCGGCUCCCUGCCUCAACCUUCCAAUCAGACCCUCUGAGGCAGACACGAGCUCUGGCCAGCCAGCCAAUGAGCUUCUCGUCGCCACAGUGACACAGAGACACAGGCGAUUAGGAGACGAGCUCGCCAAGAGCAAUGGCGAGUAAAGCCACCUCAGUCAGUCAGAGUUGUAUAAUGAGUAUUAAAGUUAUUGUUUAUUUUUUUACUGGUGCCUACAAUUAUUAGUAAAACAGUGUUAUGUUUUUUUCUUUUUUUCAAAUAUAUAUUUAGAAAAGAAAAAGCCUUAAUGCAGCUAAACUUAAGUGGUGGAAUUAAAAGUGAUUAAUUCCAUACGGAUAACACCAUUGAUGUUUUUAAUAUAUGUUUUUAUGAAAAACAAGUGCGAGUGGUGAAACCAUCUCAACAUCUGAAUGGGUGAUUAGCAUUAGUUAGGUACGCUCCAGUCUUUGAACAAACCAGAAAUCCUGAACCUGCCCAGUCAUAGGAAACUCCAUCAGAAGGCAAAACAGUCCCCGAAUGCACUUUUUAACUCUUUCACAUUGUGAUCCUCACCCUCCACUGCUUGUGGUUUUGAAAUUUGUGUCCAUUGUGAAAUUAGAUUAUAAUGAAAUGAUUAUACCUAAAAAAAAAAAAAACCUGGAUUAUCACUUCUGAAAAUCAACAUAACAUCCAUGUCGCAGUAAUAUAAAGUUUAGACAAUCACGGGACAGUUUAAAAGCCAGUUUCAAGGACAUUUACAGCUGACAUCUUGGCAUGAAUUACAGAACUGCAGCAAACCUAUAAUUGCUUCACGCAGGUGAGGAAAACUGCCUGGCUCGGGUGUUAAUUUUUGAUGGCGGGGCAUUAUUUAUUGUUCACUAAUUAGCUGCAACACUGCAAAAGUUCCAACUUUGCAGAGUUGCACAUUUAUCACAAUUCACAGCAUUUUGUUUUUAAGUCAUAUUUUCCUCACAAGAAAGUGCUUACACAAUCACCAAGGGGGGUUGGAGAAUGCUCGUUGUGUAAGUUUUAUUUUCAGAAAUGUCACCGAUUCAUUAUGUGCGGUAUGAUAAAAUGCUUUGAUAAUCCAGAGUACAGUGUUGCACAUGGUCAAUUCAUUUCGAAUGUAACCGUAUAGUCCUUGAAAACUGGUUCUAUGACAGCACACUGUGUUCCAGCUUUGUCUGUGACAGUACAUUCAGUAAAGCAAAGUAUUACAAGUCCACAGAAGGCAAAAUUUCUUGUCAAGGUAUCGUCUGGCUAAUAACUGGUUCCGCAAAAACCUCAUCCUUCUCUUUUCUCUUCUUGACGGUGUGUGUAGAACAAGUCUGGUUUCAGGAAAGCCAUGACGCUGUUAAGAAAUAAACCCCUUCAACCUCAAA